GCAAAUUAUCUUCUUUGGAAGGCUAUAUAUUUACAUUUUGGGCUAACACAAACCCUAAACGGCAGCCGCUCCUUCUCGCCUCUCCUUCCACAAUUACCCUAUCUCUUUCCUUCCUUACUCUCCUCUGGUUUUAACAAAAGAUGGGGUCAAGACCUGGUUUCCCGAUCUGCUUAGCUGCGCACUUGAGCAAAGACGGCCGAGAGAUGUAGGCGGGGCGGUGGUUCGGCAAUCGGUAAAGCAAAGCUUUAUUGAUAUGCCGCUCCCUCCGUCGCCAACCCCCAAUUGUAGAAGCCAUGAUUGGAUAUCGCUUUUCCCGAUUCGCCUUUGGAUCCGAAAACACGAUCCUUCGAGACCCAUCCUUAGUCGAUCUCUCUCAGAGAAACGACAGAUCUAUACCGUCUUUUAUGGGGGAUCUGAAAAGGAAAUUCGGAGAUGACAGUGAGAUCGUCGGUGGCCGUGAACGACCACCCGCUCUGCCGGCGAAGAACCAGCAGCCACCGCUAAGAGAUUUGGAAUGAAGGAGGCUUUGAUGAUAUUCUCUGAAACUCUUGGUUAGGAUUAGGGUGUGUAAAUCUGUGUUUGGACUCGAUUUAAAGUUGGAACUGAUAGUUGGGCUAAUCUCAGGCGAACUUGAUUUAUAUUUAAUGAGGUGAUGAAUUGAUUUUGACAAGAACACAAAAUUGAAAUAACUCAAAAAAUGAACGAGAAAGUAAAUAUAAACUUAUAUUUAAUUGAGACCAUAAAUAAUUAUGAUAAAACUACAGAA